UCUUCUCCCACUCCCACAGAACCCACUUCCCUGUGUUCUCCUGUGCCUUAAUCUCUCCCUGUCUCUCGCCCUCUCUCUCCACCUAUAAUCCGCUCCUCCAAGCUAAAGUGCAUGUACUGUUUAUGCGUCUCUCUUCUGACACUAGUCGUCUGUAUCUCCCCCUAUCUGAUCUGAUCUAAUCACUCUCUUUUAAGUUCAGACUUCAGAGUCUGGCACUUCUCUUGGCUAUAGCUUCCUGCGUGAGAUCAGCUCUUCUCGUUUGCCUUCUGACAGAAGGGCUUUCUUCGACCCAUUACUUUGUCCCGCUCCAGUUACUACUAUAACAGUUCAGAGAGAGGCCCGGAGUCUGAGCUUUUCAGUUUCAGAAGUUGACCUUUCUUCGAAGAGGAUCAUUAGUUUAUCAUGUCUAGCAGGAGGUCAAGAUCGAGACAAUCCGGGAGCUCCGGAAUCAGCGAUGACCAGAUCAUCGACCUCGUCUCCAAGUUGCAGCAACUCCUCCCCGAAAUCCGUAACCGCCGCUCCGACAAGGUAUCAGCAGCGAAGGUGCUGCAAGAGACGUGCAGCUACAUAAGAAGCUUGCACAGAGAGGUCGACGACCUGAGCGAGCGACUCUCCGAGCUGCUGGCCAACAGCGACAGUGAUCAAGCUGCUGUUAUCAGAAAUCUACUCAUGCAGUAGCAGUAGACCCUAAAAUGACGAUGAUCGUGGACUAAUUAGGAGUUCAAGUUUCUGGUAGGGCAUGCUUUCGUCCUCUCUAGGAUAUUUUCGUGUCGCCUUUUCUUCGGGUGUUUGUCUGCUUUCCUCCCUGGUUUUCCCUUUCGUCGAUCUCGGGCUCUUGUUCUAGGGUUUUUGGCACCAGAUUAGACAGAGGCUCUGGUUAGCUGCAGAUGAGUAGCUCCUUUUUGAGAAUCUGUGUUGAGCAGAUGUAAUAAAUCAAUAUCAGGUCUUGCUA